ACUACCUCGAAUUCACAUUAUUUGUUUAAAACUAACGAAAAAGUGACAAUACUGACCAUUUUAUGCUCGCAUACACACACAAACCCCCAACCUUAAACCCUCCUAAAAACCAAAUAGCAAAGGCCUUGCUUACAAUCUUCCAUUACUUUCACUCUCUCACUUUCCUCCUAAAGCCUCGAACGCGUCUCAACAAGCAAAAAACAAAACAAUGUCGUUCUCACGCAUUCUACGCCGCUCUUUCUCCAACUCUCUCCAACCAAACUCCACAGCAACUAACAUCAAAGCCAUUUCCGAAGAUCUCUACAAAGAACGCAGCUUCAAACGCCUCGUCGAGAAGUUCAAGAAGUCCUCCGAGCUCGAACGGUUCCGCACCCGAACCGGCAUUUAUGAAGACACAGUCCGCCGCCUUGGUCGGGCUAAGUGCUUCAAAUUGAUCGAAGAGAUCCUUGAAGACCAAAAGAAGUACAAAGAUAUCUCCAAAGAAGGCUUCUCCGCUCGACUCAUGACAUUGUAUGGUAAAUCGGGCAUGUUCGACCACGCCCGGAAGGUGUUUGAUGAAAUGCCUGAACGGGAUUGCACGCGCACGGUGUUGUCCUUCAAUGCCCUUUUGGGGGCAUGUGUGAACUCCAAGAAAUUUCCUUUGGUUGAUGGGCUUUUUAAGGAGUUGCCAAAGGAGUUGUCGAUUGAACCGGAUUUGUAUUCAUAUAAUACGGUUAUAAAGGGUUUUUGUGAGAUGUGUUCGUUUGAUUCUGCGGUUUCAAUGCUUGAUGAGAUGGAGAAGAAGGGUGUGGAGCCAGAUUUGAUUACAUUCAAUACCCUUUUGAAUGCGUUAUACUCGGAGGGUCAAUUUUUGGAAGGUGAAAAGAUAUGGGGUCGAAUGGAGAAGAAGAAUGUUGUUCCUGAUAAUAGGAGUUACAAUGCAAAGCUGCUUGGAUUGGCCAUUGUGAACAAAACCAAAGAGGCAGUUGAGCUAGUUGAAGAAAUGAAGGCUAAGGAAGUCAAACUUGAUGUGUUUAGUUUCAAAGCUCUGAUUAUAGGGUAUGUUAAUGAGGAGAACUUGGAUGAAGCUAAGCGGUGGUACAAUGAAAUAGAGAAGAGUGAGUGUGCCCCGGAUAGAAAGACUUUCGAAAUACUUGUUCCCUUUGCUUGUGAGAAGGGUGAUUUGGACCUAGCCUUCGAACUGUGCAAUGAAAUUUUCAAAAGAAAGAUCCUUGUUGAUGGUGCAGUAUUGCAGCGUGUGUUGGAUGGACUGGUUAAGGUGUCUAGAAUGGAGGAGGCAGAGAAGCUUGUGGAGCUUGGGAAGACAAAUAGUUAUCGUCGUUAUCACCUGAAAUUACCUUAAGCUAAGUAGUGCAAUGGUUUUGCUAUCCUAGUCAGAAUUGCCUACAGCUGCUUAGUGCAAUGGUUUUGCUGUCCUAGUCUGAAUUGCCUUUCAGCUGAGUAGUGCAAUGGCUUUGCUGUCCUAGUAUGAAUAGCCUUCAUCUGAGUAGUGCAAUGUCUUUUAUGAGUAGCAGGGGAGGUUGAAUAAUUAUUUCCAGUCUAGCUUGAAAUGUCUUCUAGAUGAAUAGUGAAUUUCUGUUCUAGUUAAUCUUCUUUGAUAUCUUUCUUAUUGUUUUAACUCAUGCUUCUAUUCACUGUUUAA